UAAUGGUGGUGUUGUAAUACAGUUAUUAGGAUGUUUCAACUGAUAAAGCUUGAAUAUAUUGUUUAAAAUCAAUAUCGAUAAUUUGGUUCUCAGCUCACAAUGUCUGACAAGCAAUUCAUCACAGUCGGCUGACAGCAGAGAGGAACGCGUAAACAGCUACAUUUGAUAGUGUUUUAUUUAGUAUAUUACCAACAACUGGCUGGAUAAAGUUAAGUAGUCACGUAACCAUGGAGUUGUCUGAAAUACUCUACAACAAAGCGGAGUACAUUGAGACGGCUUCUGGCAACAAAGUAAGCAGACAGUCGGUGUUGUGUGGGAGUCAAAAUAUCGUCCUUAAUGGAAAGACAAUUGUCAUGAAUGACUGCAUCAUCAGAGGAGACCUGGCAAACGUCAGAGUGGGCAGACACUGUGUAGUGAAAAGUCGCAGUGUUAUUCGGCCACCUUUUAAAAAAUUCAGCAAAGGUGUGGCCUUCUUCCCUCUGCACAUCGGAGACCACGUUUUCAUCGAGGAGGACUGUGUGGUCAACGCGGCACAAAUCGGAUCUUAUGUCCACAUCGGCAAGAACUGUGUCAUUGGUCGUCGCUGUGUGCUGAAGGACUGCUGUAAGAUCUUAGACAACACUGUGCUUCCUCCUGAAACAGUGGUUCCGCCAUUCACCGUCUUCUCUGGAUGUCCAGGUCUGUUUUCAGGUGAACUCCCCGAAUGCACACAGGAUCUGAUGAUUGACGUGACCAAGAGCUACUACCAGAAGUUCCUGCCCCUCAGUCAGAUCUGAGUCCUGCACUUGAACAACCCUCAGCAGGGUCCCAACCCUUUACUGUUGAUAUCAGGUCAGGGUUGGAUUCUGACACUAAGACUGAAAUGGACUCUGCGUGUUUUCUACCUUUUGUUCUUCACCUCCCCAUGUUCUCAACUUUCUCUGCAUAUGAGAACAGUUGCUCUGGGUUUGAGCUCAUUUUUGCAUCUUUUUUUAUAAACUGUGCACAACCCAAGGCCUUGUGUGGGCAGUUUUGGUUCUUGUAGCAGCAACAUCAGCAGCAGCAGCAGGUGAAAGCGAGGAGGUGGUGAAGCAGUGAUGGAACAGAAGGUCGAAAGAGAAAGUGUAAUACAACCCUUUGAAGACACUGGUGGACCAAAAACAACAGUAAUGUUUGAGGAUGUUGGCUGCAUCAGAGCUUUGUUCCUGUCCACAAGUCCUUACAACAUCAAAGUUGAGUAGAUGAAGACUUUUUUUUUUUCCUAAUUGUCAUUCUAUUUAAAUGCUUAGCUUCUCUCACACUUACUGGCCAAUGUGAUAUCAUUUUCUUCAGCCAUGUUUUUAUUAUGUUUAAUCAAGUCUACAACAAUAUACUGUUCAGUUGUGACACUUGUUUAUAUUGUGAAAACAUUGCAGUAUUCAGUGGCGCAAUCUCAAUUAGUGAAGCAAAAUAAUAAAUAUAAAAAAUUUAAAAUGAA